CUAGUACAUAUCACCACUCUUCGCUCACAAUGGUUGCGCAGCUCAAUGACGUCGCGGGUCAGACCUUCGACUAUAUCAUUGUUGGAGGAGGGACCGCCGGAUUGACCAUCGCAUCUCGCCUUCUGGAGACCACCGACAGCUCUAUCCUCGUCCUUGAGGCCGGCCAGCCUAACCUCGACGACCCCAAGAUUCUGCUCGGUGCCCAGUGGGGCGCUACUUUCGGUGACCCCAAGUAUGACUGGCUUUUCGAGAGCACGCCGCAGAAAUAUUGUAAUGACCGCACCAUAACGUGGUCGCGUGGCAAAGGUCUCGGCGGAAGCUCGGCCAUGAACUUCUACCUCUGGUCCAAGCCACCGACAGCAGACAUCAACGCCUGGGAAGAGCUCGGAAAUCCCGGCUGGAACUGGGACACUUAUCUCAAAUACACCCUGCGUACCGAACAAUUCACCGCAGCUUCUGAGGAGCAGCUGAAAAGCUAUGCGCACACUCACAAGGCGGAUUUCCGUGGCGUGAGCGGACCUAUCAAGACCACGGUCCCCUCGGAACCUCUGCUCCUCAAGAAGAUGUUCCUCGAGACAGCGCAAAAGCUGGGCCUGCCUCUGCUUGAGGAUGGGUACGGUGGAAAUAUCACCGGCUGCUGGGAGGGCGCCGUGACCCUGGACCGUGCAGCGAAGUGGACACGCUCGUACGCCGCCACGGCGCAUUAUGUCCCUCACAAGGACAACCCGAAGUUUACGGUGCUCACCGAGGCCGUCGGCGCAAAGGUCCUUCUGAGUGAUGUGAAGGACGGAGAAGAUUUCCUUGCCACUGGAGUCGAGUUCGUACACGGAGGGAAGACCUAUAAGGCACACGCGAGGAAAGAGGUCGUCAUAUCAACCGGCACUCUGAAGUCUCCUCAGGUGUUGGAGUUGUCAGGGAUUGGACCGCGCGACAUCCUCGAGAAGAUUGGAGUGCCGGUCAAAGUUGAGCUCCCGGGAGUAGGAGAAAACAUGCAGGAUCACUCGUACAUUGGCAUAUCCUACGAACUCGAUCCCAAGGUGGCCCAUAAGACCACAGACUUGCUCCGCAACCCAGAGUUCGCCAAGGAGCAAUUGAGACUACAUGGGUUGGACCAGGAUAACUUGCACCGGAUGGGUGUGCACACCUGCUACUACUCACCGAUCCAGGUCAGCAGUCCGAACGAUGCAUCCAGCAUCAUCGAGCGCACGGAAGCGUUCGUAGAGGAGAAGAAGCGAAGUGGGAAACUCCCGCCCGGACUCGCCGAACAAUAUGACAUCCAGCUGCGCAUGCUCAAGGACGACACUCUGCCAGACAUAGAAGCCGUCAUUCUUCCUGGCUACUUGACUUUCAUUUCAACACCGGAGGCAGGUAAAUGCUACGCAACCAACCUCUGUGUCACCCAACAUCCUUUCUCGCGUGGCUCAGUCCAUGCAAAGAGCAGCGACCCGCUGGAGCCACCCGAAUUGGAUCCGAACACCUUCUCGGCUUCUGUCGAUCUGGACAUCUUCGCGGAGCUAGUCAAGUUUACACGACGGUUUGCAGAAGUCGAGCCGUUCAAGUCGGGCGUCGUCCGCGAGGUCGAUCCAGGUGCUACGGCGCAGACGGAUGAGGAGAUCAAGGAGUACAUCCGCAAGUAUAGCAACACAUGCUUCCAUGCGUGCGGCACCUGCAGUAUGCUCCCCCGCGAGAAGAACGGCGUCGUCGACUCGAAGCUGAAGGUGUACGGGACCAAGAAUCUUCGUGUGGCCGACGUGUCCAUUGUACCGCUCGAGACUGCAGCGCAUACGCUAGCUGUCGCGUAUUGUGUUGGUGAAUACAUGGCUGACAUUCUCCGUGGUGUUGCCUAAGACGUUGGGAUGGACCAUACUAGCGUGUGUAUGCUGCGUACGACCUGUGGUUGAUGCCGGCUGUUACAGAAUGUACUAUUGG